UGAGUGUUACUCUUCGACUUUUCUGUAGCGGAAGCUUGAAAGGCAGAAAACAUGGCCGCUUUGGUUGGCUUGGUUACUUCUACUAAGGGCUCGGGGCGGCUUGGCUAUAUCCUUGCCGGAGUAAGGAAGGUUGCUUGUGCUUCUGGUGCAGUUACAUCAUGGAGACGGGAAUGUAGUUCACACAACGAAGAGGCGUCCAGUAAGGCAAAUAUGCUGCUACCAAUGGAAAAUCCCUAUAAGGAACCUCCGAAAAGAUGUGUCUUGUGUGGGUUAACUGUUGACUACAAGAAUGUACAGCUUUUAUCGCAGUUUAUUUCUCCAUACACUGGUCAAAUCCAUGGUAGGCAUAUAACAGGUUUAUGUGAAAAAAAACAGCAGGAAAUCGCAAAAGCUAUUAGAAGAGCCCGAAAGAUAGGAUUCAUGUCCGUUACAUAUAAGGACCCAACUUUCCUCAGUGACCCUAAAAUAUGUAAUAUCAACUAUCCAGAAUAAAUUAUAUUAAUAGUGCCUAAUAAAAUUGUUUUUGUAAUUGG